CAUGAAAGUUGAUGCAGUAUGGGAAAAGUUUGUUACAGAUUUAGAGGAUAUAGAUUUCGGUAUCGGAACUUUUAAUUUUGAGUUGGACCGAGCAUUAUCAAACAGAGUAGGGGUUACAAGUCCACCAAGCAUUGUCAUGAUUAUUAACAAAAAAGUUAAAUUUUUCAAUGAUGAAUAUACUCAAAAAAAUAUGAGAGAAUUCGUUAGAAAUAACCUACCUAACAACCUUAUUAGAAUUCUUAACGAUGAUACAGUUGCCGAAUUUUUGCAAGAUUAUUCAGCGAACAAAAUCAGAGUCAUUUUUUCCAGCUCCAAACCUCGGCCAUCUUUAAGAUUUCUCUCAACAGCUUUUAAGUAUCAAAAAAGAUUCGACUUUGGAUUUAUUUCAAAUUCAGAUAAAAAAUCGAAAAGCUUUAAAGACUUAUACAAACUGUAUCCUGGGAAAGAAACUUUGCUACUAUUUCAUGAAUAUUAUGAUUCUGCGUUUGCUAGUAUAAAUGAGCAAAAAUUGCAAGGAAAGAAUAUUGAAAAUAUUCUAAAUUCAAAUAAAUACCUCAUAUUACCUCGUCUUUCCUCACCUAACGUUUUUAAUGAGUUAUGCCCUACUGGAACUACACGACGCUCUAAAGCUGUCUGUGUUGUACUUUUCACAUAUAAUAUCAAAGAUCAUGAAGAAUAUCGUAAAAGCUUUAGGAAUUAUGUGAAAGAGCAAUCAAGUCAACAAAGGGUCAAAUAUGCAUAUGUAUAUGCCGAUUCGCAAACUCAAUUUGCUGAGGCAAUUACUAGAAAGGAGGGAAUUGAAAAUGUCACUACGAAAGCUUUAAAAGUAGCUCUAAUUUGGAGAAAUUCAAAGCUAGAUCUAUAUUAUAGCUUAUUGGAAGAUGGCUGGAAACUUGGCGAAUAUAAUGAAGAGUCAGUAAGUGCUCUGAAAAAAUUAGUAGAUACAGCGGUAAACACUAGAGACACUUUGGAUUUUAAAAUAGAUCAGCCAUCUAUAAUAGAUGAACACCAGGCCCCCUUACUAUCAAGAAUUUUGAAUAAACUGGAUGAUUGGUAUGAUUUGGGAAUGAUGAAGAUAAGAAGUAUGGAUAGUGCCACUUGGUUGGCAAUUUUUGUUUCAAUAUUUGUGGUACUAGGGAUUGGUUUUAUGUCAUCUGCGCUGUCUAAGUUGGAUAAGCCAGUAACUCAGUCAAAAAAUAAAGAACGAUCGAACCAAAAUUUACCUAAAGAGAAGCCUACUGUUUACUUGCAAACAUUUUGCGCUCAAACAUACGAUAAGUAUGUCUUAAGAGGCGAGAGAGGUUUAAGAACCUUAAUUAUCAUGACUGACAAUGAAUACCAAAAUAAGCUUCUUCAGAAAUUCGCUUCAAUUGUCUUACCUUAUACAAACGGCGAUGCUUUCAUAUUUUGUGCUUUAGAUUUGGACGAAUAUCUCGGCUGGUAUAGGCACUUGUUAGAAGAAACACUGGAUUUUCGAAGAGAUUUAAGUACCAUUAACAAAAAAAACUGUGUCGGAACUGUUCUAGCCCUAAAUGGAUCAAGAAAUUACUACUCAAUUUUUCAUCCUAAGCUGCCAUCUAAUGACUUUCUUGGGUUGGAUGAUAGUAGCGAUGGUGAAAAUCAAACUGAUUCUACAAUUAAUAUCAAUGACGUCCUGAAUGGGUUAGGUUCCUGGAUGGAUCGGCUCUGUGAAGGUCAAAUUAAAAGAUUUCGGGUGCAAUAUUGGCCUAUGCUCUCUCGUUAA